ACUUCAGCAAGAAGACGUCCUUUCCUGCACUAUCUGAAUCGUUGACUCCUCGAGAAACGACCACCUGCUUUUGCAUCUUCCUUGUCUGCUAUACGGAUUCCAACAAACUUUGCUCACAUCGUUCAGACGAUAUUGCAAGAUUUGAGCUUUUCCAGUCUACUAAUUCAGAGUUCGCCAUGACCAACACACAGUACAUCUACUCUGACAACCCAGAGCCCGUCGUCAUUGACAACGGCUCGGGCAUGUGUAAAGCUGGGUUUGCUGGCGAUGACGCGCCAAGAUGUGUGUUCUCUGCCGUCACUGGACGUCCCAAGUACCAGAAGGUCAUACCUGGGAUGGGCCACAAGGACUGUUACAUCGGAGACGAGGCCCAGGCCAAGAGAGGAAUCCUGAGUAUGCGUUACCCUGUAGAACACGGGAUUGUCACCAACUGGGACGAUAUGGAGCAGAUCUGGCACCACACUUUCUACAACGAGCUGCGGGUGGCGCCUGAAGAAAGCCCCGUGCUCCUCACAGAAGCCCCACUUAACCCGAAAGCCAACAGAGAGAAGAUGACCCAGAUUAUGUUCGAGACCUUCAACGUCCCCGCGUUUUAUGUAGGAAUCCAGGCUGUGCUGUCUCUGUACGCUUCUGGUCGCACCACUGGUAUGGUGAUGGAUUCAGGGGACGGCGUGACGCAUUUUGUGCCCAUUUACGAGGGCUACGCUCUCCCGCACGCCAUCAAGAGAGUGGAUCUGGCUGGGAGAGAUCUUACAGAAUACUUGGGCCGAAUUCUCAGCGAGAGAGGCUAUAGCUAUACCUCCUCGUCCGAGAAGGAGAUCAUCAGAGACAUGAAAGAGAAACUCUGUUACGUGGCUUUGGAUUUCGAGCAGGAAAUGAGCGCGGCUGCGAAAUCGUCUAGCGUGGAAAAGUCAUACGAGCUUCCCGAUGGUGGAGUUGUUACUGUCGGCAACGAACGUUUCCGUUGUCCUGAAGUUCUCUUCCAGCCGUCUGUCACUGGUCGCGAAUCUGCAGGCGUUCACGAGCUGUUGUAUAACUCGGUCCAGUCUUGUGAUAUCGACAUCCGCAAAGAUUUGCUCCACAAUACAGUUCUGUCAGGGGGAUCAACCAUGUAUCCGGGGUUUGCGGACAGGAUGCAGAAAGAAUUAACGGACUUAGUUCCCCCGUCGAACAAGGUGAAAGUCAUUGCCUCUCCAGAGCGGAAGUACUCUGUGUGGAUCGGCGGAUCUAUCUUGGCGUCCUUGUCUACCUUCCAGCAGAUGUGGAUCUCCAAAGAAGAGUACGACGAGUGUGGCCCUUCCAUUGUCCAUCGAAAGUGUUUUUGAGAACUGGAUGGUCAGAAAAUGAAUUAUAUA